GAUUAACUGAUUAAAAUCAGUGUAUUUCCGAAAUGUUGCCGAGUCAGUGGUAUUACAGCAAAAGGCUUUUAAUCACACUAUCAACUGCAAUCAUUUUAUCGGUUAUUUGGUUUGGAUUCAUUCAUCGCCAGUACAUAAUCUCAAAAUUUUUCAUACUACCUUCGAAUAAAACGAAAAAUGUAUCGACAACAGCGGUCAUAUCUUAUACACCUAAACCAUACAAACCCAGGCAGCACCCCUAUAUGGCACUUUUGAAUAUUCAACACACAAAUGGAUCUGACAAUUGUGGUGGUACUUUAAUUGAAAGAAAGUACAUACUAACAGCAGCGCACUGUGUAGAUGGAGCAUCUUCUGUUUGGAUACUACUUGGCACAGAUAACAUCGAAAAAGAAGAAAAAUCUACAGUUUACUUAGAAAGUGAAAAUUUUAUUGUGCAUGAAAAUUACAAUAACCUUACUUAUGACCACGACAUAGCCCUUAUCUAUUUAAAUGACAAUCUAACAAUAAAUGAACACGUUAACACAGUUUCUUUGUUACGCCAUAUUUCUAGUCGUGGACGAACUUACGUAGUAGGGUGGGGUCUACCUAAUCUCGGCCAGGGACUAAAUGAUAAAUUACUAGGUAAAUUGGUGACUGUUGUUAAUAACACUUUUUGUUUUCAAAAUACAGACGUGUACGAUUAUUCAAAACUGUGUGCCUUUGGAACAGAAGCCGGCCCUUGUCAUGGAGAUUCUGGAGGACCUCUACUUCUAGAUGAUAUUCAAGUUGGAAUCGUAUCAGGUGGUGAUAAAUAUUGCAACACUUCAGUACCUACUGUGUAUACAAACACCUCUUAUUAUUGGCAGUGGAUAAAAGACAAUACAGAAAGGAAUGAAUUAGACAAAUCUAAACGAAAACCACACAAAUUAUGUGGCAACUGUUGAUUCUUAAUUUUGUAAGAAAUCUCUACUACGAGUAUACUCAAAUAUUACUUGUCUACUUUUCUUUUGUUCAUGUUGUAAAUUUGAUAUUGGAAACGUACAAAUUUAUGUCAGGCAUAUACUAAUCGACAUUGAAAACCGAAUACCAAGAACGAGCUGGAAUUUUUUGACCAAACUUCGUAUAUAAAUUAGACAUUAGUAGUAUUGUUUAUUUAUUUAACAAUAAACUUGUGAUAGUACAUAUUGUAAAGAAUUAUUGUAUAGAAUUAAUUCUGGGAACACCAAACAAUAAAUUCUUCAUAUAUUUUCUCGUAAA